AUGCCCCUAGUCGAAGACAGUCCUCGCGAGGACAUCGACGCGAUCCAAAUACCCUCUACAACCCCCAGUCACGACAAUGAAGCUCAUAAUGAAGAACACUACGACGAUAACGACGUCCCCGUCAACAGAAAAACCAGCUUUGGUGGUCGUCUUAAUCAAUACUUCCACACAGCAAAACCCACAUCAUCAGCGCCACCAGCACUCCCAUCCACGAAACAAAUCACUACCAGCACUUCCUCUCCUCUCAAACGCAAACGAACCACACCACCAACAGCACUCAUAACACGGAUAACCCGCUCGCGCUCCCGCUCCUCCACCUCAACCCCAACCAGCACCACCACGACUACCUCCUCCCCACGCCCACGCAAAACCCCCACACCCACACCCCCCACCUCCUCAGCAGCAGACUCCCUCCUCGUCGACACCAUCCCACCCAACCUAACCCUCCUCCUCGUGGGUGUAAACCCGGGGGUUCUAACGGGCGUAACAGGCUACGCCUACGCACACCCGAGCAACCUCUUCUGGAAGCUCCUGCACUGGUCCGGGAUCACACCCAUCCGCCACCCACCCUCCGAUACAUACAAACUUCCCGAACUAUAUAACAUCGGCAACACGAAUAUUGUGGAGCGUCCGACGCGGGACGCGAGUAUGCUCAGCAAGAAGGAGAUGGAUGCAGGAGUACCGGUUCUGGAAGAGAAGGUGAGGGAGAAAAGACCGGAAGUGGUGUGUCUUGUGGGCAAGAGUAUCUGGGAGGCGGUUUGGAGGGUUAAGGUUGGACGGGGGAUUAGGAAGGAAGAGUUUAGGUAUGGGUGGCAGGAUUUGGAGAUGAAUAUGGGGAGAGUGGGUGGUGAAGGCGGGUGGGAGGGGGCCAGGGUGUUUGUGGCUACGACUACUAGUGGGUUGGCGGCGGGGAUGUCGUUGCAGGAGAAGAGGGAGGUUUGGGAUGAGUUGGGGAGGUGGGUUUGUGAGAGGAGGAAAGUAUGGGAGAGGGAAAGGGAGAAGGUGGAAGUUGGUGGUGAUGAUACUAAAGUAGAAUAG